CAAAAGCAAGCAAGCGCAGGCAGGCACAGGCAAGGCCUCCUCCGCCGCCCCUUUUUCUCCCCUCCCAAUUCACACAGGAUUCACUCGCCCGCCAGUUGUUUCCUCUAGUGCCGCCCCCAUUCCGCGCUGAUCCGAGCCUUUCGCCCAAAGCUUCCAGCUUUUUCAAUUGUUUGGUCACUUCAGGAAUCAAGGAAUAUGUUCUUGCUCUGUGCAUGAUAGAUAGUCGGAUCCAUCCGUCCAUCCUCUUUCCCUGGCAUUUUGCUGCGCCGGGGGUCUGUGCGUGGCCACUGCGAGGAGAGGAUUUUGGCCUGUUUUUUUCCUGUUCUUGGGGGUCCAAAUUUCGGGCGAGAUCUUCGUCUGAAGGUUCCUUGCUUUUCUGGUAUUGGCGGUUCUUGGUGUUCACUACAAGUCCAAGGCAAGAAUUUGGAGACCAUGAGGGUCCCUUGCGAUCGAUUCUGGUUGAUUUCUCGGGUCGUUGGAAUCAGGAUGCCGCUCUGACCCACCGCUGCCUCGUUUCUUGGAGGAAUUCCGCGGAAAUUUCGCUUCAAUCCGGGGUCGUUCAACUAGAGCCUCCAGCUCUCGAUCCGCCGACCCAUGGGUCUCUGCCAUGGCAAGCCGACGCAAAUCCCGGAGCUCGAUGCGGAGGAGGAUCCCCAUGUAGCCUCCGGCGCCGGCGACGGCGCGUCCUCGCCGUCGGCGGCGGCGCCCGCGGCGAAGCCGGGUACGCCCAAGCAGCCCAAGUUCCCGUUCUACCUGCCGAGCCCGCUCCCGCCGUCCAGCUACAAGGGCUCGCCAGCGAACUCGAGUGUCGCGACCACGCCGGCGCGCGGAGGGUUCAAGCGCCCGUUCCCGCCACCGUCGCCCGCGAAGCACAUCCGCGCGCUCCUCGCGCGGCGGCACGGCUCCGUCAAGCCCAACGAGGCGUCCAUCCCCGAGGGCGGUGAACCGGAGCUCGGUCUAGACAAAAGCUUCGGCUUCUCCAAGCACUUCUUCGCCAAGUACGACCUCGGCGAGGAGGUCGGCCGCGGCCACUUCGGCUACACCUGCUCCGCCAAGGCCAAGAAGGGCGAGCACAAGGGUCAGGACGUCGCCGUCAAGGUCAUCCCCAAGACCAAGAUGACGACUGCUAUUGCCAUUGAAGAUGUGAGAAGAGAAGUGAGAAUAUUGAGUUCUCUGACAGGCCAUAAUAACUUGGUGCAGUUCUAUGAUGCUUUCGAAGAUGAAGAUAAUGUGUAUAUAGUUAUGGAAUUAUGUAAAGGGGGCGAACUGCUGGAUAGAAUAUUAGCAAGAGGUGGAAAGUACUCUGAAGAGGAUGCAAAGGUCGUUAUGGUACAAAUUUUGAGUGUUGUAUCAUUUUGCCAUCUUCAAGGUGUUGUUCAUCGUGAUCUGAAACCAGAGAAUUUCCUUUUCUCUUCAAAGGAUGAAAACUCUCCCUUGAAGGUCAUAGAUUUUGGCUUGUCUGACUUCGUGAAGCCAGAUGAAAGACUUAAUGACAUUGUUGGAAGCGCAUACUACGUUGCUCCGGAGGUGCUCCACCGAUCUUAUGGCACUGAGGCAGAUAUGUGGAGCAUUGGAGUGAUUGCCUAUAUCUUGCUUUGCGGGAGUCGGCCUUUCUGGGCGCGCACGGAGUCAGGAAUCUUUCGAGCUGUCUUGAAAGCAGAGCCAAGUUUUGAUGAGGCCCCAUGGCCCACUCUCACAGCCGAAGCUAAAGACUUUGUAAAAAGGCUUCUUAAUAAGGAUUACCGCAAGAGAAUGACAGCUGCACAAGCUCUUAGUCAUCCGUGGAUCCGUAGUGCUCAUCAAGUGAAAGUUCCUUUAGAUAUGAUAAUCUACAAGCUAAUGAGAGCUUACAUAAGUUCAUCUUCACUGCGGAAGUCUGCUUUGAGGGCCCUAGCCAAGACAUUGACUACAAAUCAACUGUUUUAUGUAAGAGAGCAGUUUGAAUUGUUGGGUCCAAACAAGAAUGGUUAUAUCUCUUUGCAAAAUUUGAAAUCGGCCUUGGUGAAGAACUCCACAGAUGCAAUGAAGGACUCUAGGGUUGUCGAUUUUGUUAACACAGUGUGCACUCUUCAGUACAGAAAGUUGGAUUUCGAAGAGUUUGCUGCUUCUGCCAUCAGCGUUUACCAGAUGGAAGCCUUGGAGACCUGGGAACAGCACGCUAGGCGUGCAUAUGAACUGUUUGAUAAGGAAGGCAACCGGCCUAUUGUGAUUGAAGAACUCGCAUCAGAACUUGGCCUUGGCCCAUCAGUGCCGCUUCACGUUGUCCUCCAAGACUGGAUCAGACACGCUGACGGGAAGCUGAGCUUCCUGGGAUUCAUAAAACUUCUGCAUGGGGUUUCGUCGCGCUCGAUCCCGAAAGCCUAGUAUACACCAUCCCUGCAUCCAUCAACCAAGGAGAUGACUGAUGGUUAAGCCAAUCUCUGGCUGGUGUGUGCGCACGUGCGCGUGCGCGCGCGCGUGUGUGUGUGUGUUCUGUUGAAGGUGUGGCUGGAGGAUAUGGCUUGAAAAAUGGAACAACACGAGCGGAAAUGCUUGAUAGUCUUGUGUACGAGGUAGACAAAGCUGAUGCUGGUGCCUAAUACUUGUAUCCCUCCUCCCCCCUUGCCACGUGUAUUGAUGAUGUUGUACUGAAGCUGUGUAGACGAGUGUACAGAUGAGGAUAGGAGAAAUUAAUGAAUAUGAUGGGAGGGCCGAAAGAUUUGUGACUGCUGUUUGCCAAUGCCUGCAA